GGAUGAGAAGACAAAGUAGCUUACUCAUGGAUAAGGUUCUGGCUUAUACUGACCCCAGAGAUAUUCAGGAAACUACUGGAAACACAUAAGCUGCCUGGGUGCAACCACCUCCAUCUCAGAGCACACUUGCAGAAGAGAGGAAGGAGUACAACUGCCCUGACACCUGACAUUGCACAGAUCCCUGAAACACUGCAGCAACUUAACCCAAUGAACCAAUUAACUGCUGUCUAGACAACUAAGAAGAACACACAGAAUGGAAGUCUUCAACUCCACCUUGGGAAGUGGCUUCAUCUUGGUAGGAAUUCUGAAUGACAGUGGUUUUCCAGAAAUGCUCUGUGCCAUUAUCAUAGCACUAUACUUUUUAGCCUUGACCAGCAAUGGACUGCUGCUGCUGGUCAUCACCAUGGAUGCCCGACUCCACAUGCCCAUGUAUCUUCUGCUCUGGCAACUCUCUCUCAUGGACCUCCUCCAACCAUCAGUUAUCAUUCCCAAGGCCGUACUAGAUUUUCUUCUCAAAGAUAACACUAUCUCAUUUGGGGGAUGUGCCUUUCAGAUGUUUCUGGCACUGACACUUGGUAGUGCAGAGGACCUCCUUCUGUCCUUUAUGGCUUAUGACAGGUAUGUGGCCAUUUGUCAUCCUCUGAACUAUACAAUCCUAAUGAGUCAGAAAGUCUGCUAUCUCAUGAUAGCCACCUCAUGGAUUCUUGCAUCUCUCAGUGCUCUAGGAUAUAGCAUGUAUACCAUGCAGUAUCCUUUCUGCAAGUCCAGGCAGAUCAGACAUCUCUUCUGUGAGAUUCCACCCUUGCUGAAGCUGGCCUGUGGUGACACCUCCACAUAUGAACUCAUGGUUUAUUUGAUGGGUGUGACUUUGCUCUUUCCUGCUCUUGCGGCCAUCCUGACCUCCUACUCACUAAUUCUGCUUACUGUGCUCCAUAUGCCCUCAAAUGAGGGCAGGAAAAAAGCCCUUGUCACCUGCUCUUCCCAUCUGACUGUGGUUGGCAUGUGGUAUGGGGGUGCUAUUUUCAUGUAUAUCCUGCCUAGUUCCUUCCACAGCCCCAAACAAGACAAUAUCAGCUCAGUUUUCUACAUGAUUGUCACUCCAGCUCUGAAUCCCCUCAUCUACAGCCUGAGGAAUAAUGAGGUUAUUGAGGCUUUGAAAAGAGUCCUGGGAAAAAAGUUUUCAGUGCAUUCCACAUUCUAG